AACAGUAACGUCACACGGACUACAGGGGAGUUUUGUUGAAGUUGCAAAGUCCUGCAGCCUCCAGAGGGCUGUCGGCGCAGUAGCAGAGAGCAGCAGAUUCCGCGCGCUCCGGAGACCGGCCGUAGAGCGCCAGGCAGAGCGCGCCAGCAGCAGCAACCACCGGAGCCCAACUCGGACCACAGCCCUCCCCAGGCGGCCGCGCCAUGGAACACCAGCUCCUGUGCUGCGAAGUGGAGACCAUCCGCCGUGCGUACCCUGACACCAACCUCCUCAACGACCGGGUGCUGCGAGCCAUGCUCAAGACCGAGGAGACCUGCGCGCCCUCCGUGUCUUACUUCAAGUGCGUGCAGAGGGAGAUUGUGCCGUCCAUGCGGAAAAUCGUGGCCACCUGGAUGCUGGAGGUCUGCGAGGAGCAGAAGUGCGAAGAGGAGGUCUUCCCGCUGGCCAUGAACUACCUGGACCGCUUCCUGUCGCUGGAGCCCCUGAAGAAGAGCCGCCUGCAGCUGCUGGGGGCCACGUGCAUGUUCGUGGCCUCCAAGAUGAAGGAAACCAUUCCCCUGACCGCCGAGAAGUUGUGCAUCUACACUGACAACUCUAUCCAGCCGGAGGAGCUGCUGCAAAUGGAACUGCUUCUGGUGAACAAACUCAAAUGGAACCUGGCUGCCAUGACUCCCCAUGAUUUCAUCGAACACUUCCUCUCCAAAAUGCCAGAGGCAGAUGAGAACAAGCAGAUCAUCCGCAAGCAUGCGCAGACCUUUGUGGCCCUCUGUGCCACAGAUGUGAAGUUCAUUUCCAACCCGCCCUCCAUGGUGGCUGCUGGGAGCGUGGUGGCUGCGAUGCAAGGCCUGAACAUGGGCAGCCCCAACAACUACCUGUCCUGCUACCGCACAACGCACUUUCUUUCCAGAGUGAUCAAGUGUGACCCGGACUGCCUCCGCGCCUGCCAGGAACAGAUUGAAGCCCUUCUGGAGUCCAGCCUGCGUCAGGCCCAGCAGAACAUCGACCCCAAGGCCACCGAGGAGGAGGGGGAAGCGCAGGGAGAGACUGACCUGGCCUGCACACCCACCGAUGUGCGAGAUGUGGACAUCUGAAGGCCACCACCGGCCAGGCGGGAGCCACUAAGUAGUGGCAGCCCGCCUUGAGAAAGGAGCUAGCCUGGGGCGCUCCUAACGACGUUCCUCUUAGGGACAUUUGUUACCAGAAAGGGAAGUUUUGUUCUCUUUGUUGGUUGUUUUUCUUUAAUCUUUCUCCUUUCUAUCUGACUUAAGCAAAAGAGAAAAAAAAAAUACCAGAAAGUUGUCUUAAAGAGAGAGAGAGAGAGAGAGAGAGAGAGAGAGAGAUAGAAUUUGCAUCACCCUGAGUGUAGGGCGGAGGGUGCUACAAAAAUAGGAUUUUAUACCCCAGUAAUCAACUAGUUUUCUAUUAAUGUGCUUGUCUGUUGUAAGAAUAGGAUUAACAUGCAGGAAGUGUCCAGAAGGAUUUUGAUUUUAUGUGUUUAAAAAGCUUGAGAAACAUUGUUUUUAAAAAAGGAAAAAAAAGGCAAAUAGAGCAAACCGUUGUUAAAGUAGAAGAGAGUUUUAGCUAGAGAACGUACUCGCUUUGCUGAAAGACACAGCUUGGGCGGUCCUCAGCCUCACUCCCCUGCAUGUUCAUGGCUGCCACUGCCAGUCACUGUUUCCUGCGCCUCAUCCCAGGGAUGAGUAGACCUCUUCACUUACUGAUGGUCGGUGCGACCUCUAGCGGUCUUGUAGCGUGUGGCACCCCCCCAGGGCUCUCUCCCAACAUGCAGGUUCAUAGCAGUGUGCUCCAGUAGAGUGGGGAUGAGAUAGUGGCAUCGUAUAUUCUAUUUUUGUAAUCUUCCUAUUUUGUAGUUCCUGUUUAAAGAGACGCUGGUUUUUGCCUGGCGGCCCUGCAGCCCACUCACAUCAGGUUAAACCCACAGCUUUUCUCUUGUGUGUGUGGUUUGUUCUGUUUUGUUGUGUUUUCCUUCUCCAUGUUCCAAAACCAUUCCAUCUCAAAGCACUUUCGGUCAGCUAGCUGGAAGCAGUGUCGCUAGUGUGUGUGUGUGU